AUGAAGUGCUCGAUCUCAUGGGCGUUGACCCUCGUGCCUCUCGUGGCCUCUAUAUACACAAAUGGCAAUAUUACAGCGCCUUGUGAUUCCGAGAUCUACUGUUAUGGCGACAUGCUCAGAGAGAUCGGGCUCGCUCGUCCCUUUGAAGAUUCGAAGCUAUUCGUAGACUUGCCGACAUUGAAACCCUCGGACGAAGUACUUGCUGCCUUCCAGAAUCUGUCCAGGCCCAUUCAAAACAACACCGAAUUGCAAGACUUCCUCACAGAAAACUUUGGCGUUGCGGGCGGCGAGCUUGAGGAGGUCCCAGUCGAUCAGCUUGAAACAUCACCCGACUUCUUGGACAACGUCAACAGCAGCACUGUAGCCAACUUCACCAGCCAGGUGAUUGACAUUUGGCCUCAGUUGACUCGUCGAUAUGUAGAACGUACCAACUGCACGGGUUGCGACGAUUCGUUUCUGCCGGUAAACCGCACUUUUGUAAUCGCCGGUGGUCGGUUCCGAGAACCAUAUUAUUGGGAUUCUUUCUGGAUCGUCGAGGGCCUUCUUAGGACCAAAGGUUCAUUCACCCAGAUUGCCGAAAACAUCAUUGAAAAUUUCCUAGACUUCGUUGAGGAAUUUGGGUUCGUUCCUAAUGGAGCGCGUAAAUACUACUUGAACAGAUCCCAACCUCCUCUCCUUGCCCAGAUGGUUCGCGUAUACGUUGAGUACACGCAAAACACCACUCUAUUAGAGCGAGCACUCCCUCUUCUAGAAAAAGAGCAUGAGUUUUGGGUUCAGAAUAGGACUGUUGUGAUAGAGGUUGGGGGGACCAACUACUCUUUGAAUAAUUAUGAAGUAGACAACAACCAACCUAGACCCGAGUCAUACCGCGAAGACUACGAGACUGCUACCAACGGGACGUUCUACAAUGAAGAGGGCAAAACAUUCAAUGUUACGACACCACUCACAGACGAGGAAAUCGCUGAGCUUUAUUCCAACCUGGCUUCUGGUGCCGAAAGUGGCUUUGAUUACACCUCACGCUGGAUUGCGAAUCCCAACGAUGCUAUCACAGAUACCUUCUUCCCACUUCGGUCUUUGAACACCCGGAACAUUAUUCCUGUGGAGCUCAAUUCAAUCCUCUAUCACAACGAGAUCACGAUCGCUGAAUUCCAUCGGCGCGAGGGCAACUACUCGGCGGCGAAAGAGUGGGCCAACCUGGCACAGGAACGCAGUGAGGCUAUGCUUGCUGUCCUCUGGGACGAGGAGCAUUUCUCCUACUUCGAUUACAAUCUGACUUCAGGCGCCAAGGACAUAUAUAUCCCAGCAGACAACUCUACCGUCGCAGAUGACGAAUCCGGUGCCCCCGAAGGCCAACAAGUUGCCUUUGCCCCCUCACAAUUCUACCCAUUCUGGUCCGGCGCCGCACCCGAUGGCAUCAAGAACAACCCUACCGCGAUUCGCCGCGCAUUCGCUCGCAUUGAAGAGCUUCUCGAUGACAGGGCUGGUGCCAUCGCUGCUAGUAAUUUACAAACAGGCCAGCAGUGGGAUGAGCCCAAUGUGUGGCCGCCACUCCAGUACAUCCUUAUCAAAGGCCUCAUGAACACUCCUUACGAGGUCCCAACUCAGUAUAGCGGAAAUACGACUGACGAAGAUUACGUCUGGGCGCAAAACCUCGCUCUCCGCCUCGCACAGCGAUAUCUCGAUUCCACAUUCUGCACAUGGCGAUCCACCGGCGGCCAGACCCCCGAUUUCCCUCAGCUUGAGGGUGUAGAGGAAGGCGCAAAUGGCACCAUGUUUGAGAAGUACGCAGACACUGAGAUCAACGCCGUCGGCGGUGGUGGAGAGUACGAAGUCGUGACCGGCUUCGGAUGGACGAACGGCGUUCUCAUCUGGGCUGUGGAUCAGUUUGGACAGCAACUGACUACUCCUGACUGCGGAAACAUCACCGCGGCUCAUACUGAGAGUUCUGCUAAGGUGAAGAGACGCUCUGGUCCCAGUGCGGUGUAUCUACCCAAGAACGACGCCAAAUGGGUCAAACGAUUUAAUUGA